AUGACUCUUUUUUUCGAUAACUUACUUAAUAUUAGUAACAACUUUCAUAAACUAAUUAGAAUUUUAGCUUUUAUUUUUAGAUUUUGCAGAAGGUGUAAAUCUCCAAAAACGCAUACAGGAGAGCUCACGUCCGAAGAAUAUGAAAGAGCAGAAAAUUAUUUGAUAAAACAUUUACAGGUAAAGUAUUUUCCUGCGGAGAUAUCAGCUUUAGAAAGGGGAUCUUCAGUUCCACCUACGAGUAAGCUUAAAUUUUUGAAUCCUUUUUUAGAUCCAUCAAGCGAAUUAAUAAGAGUUGGUGGUAGACUUUCACAUUCAGAUUUAAAUUUCAAUCGUAAACAUCCGGUUAUUCUGCCAGCUGGAAAUAAAUUAGUAACUCUAAUAUUUCAAUACUAUCACAAACGAGAUUUUCACGUAGGCCCUCAAGCCCUACUAAAUACUGUUCGUUUUAAAUAUUGGCCACUUGGUGGCAGAAGUACAGCACGAAAAGUCGUCCAUGAGUGUGUAGAAUGCUUUAAGAAUAAACCAAUUGCUGCAACCCAGAUUAUGGGAGAUCUUCCCUCAGAACGAGUAACGCCUAGUUCCCCAUUUUUAAAUGUAGGAAUAGAUUUAUGUGGACCCUUUGAAAUUAAAUACAAAGGGCAGAGAAAGGGUACUUUUCAAAAAUUCUAUGUAGCUAUAUUUGUAUGUAUGGCGACUAAAGCUAUUCACAUGGAAUUUGUGUCAGAUCUUACUUCAGCAGCUCUAAUCGCUGCUUUAAAGAGAUUUUUUGCACGACGCGGCAAGAGUUCAAUAAUUUUUAGCGAUAACGCAACGAACUUCACUGGAGCUUCCACAGAGUUAAAGAGAACGUUUACAUAA